CUGUCCCUUUGAAACUCAGAAAACCCAUGGCCCUCCAUGCCCAUGCCCGAGUUUGCUUGAGAAAACUCAGGGGCAUGACCACCAAUAUCUCUCGGAAACUCGUCCCCUGCGGAUCUCAAGUAUUCGCUAUAGACGCGAUACCUGGGCUCAAACUGGCUUGGAAUAAGUACGCUCGCAUCCUGAUUUGCAAGGACUGCCACGUUGGGAUCCCGUUCGAGGAUCUCCCAGUCCACGCGAAACGACACGGUGUCGUAGAUCUCAAGGAGGCCGAUGUUGAGGCACUUAUCGAUUACCUUGAUCAGGAUCUCAAGGUCGAUACACCGGUUCUCUUUCCCAACCUUCCGCGUGGCUACAACCUCCAACAACCCGGCGAGCCCGUCCAAGGCCUAUUUGUUCGCCAUGGGCUAACUUGUGACCACGAUGGAUUUGCCUGCAUUAAUCAGCAAUCGAUGAAGGACCACUGUGAUGCGAUACACAGUGAUUAUGUUAGACGUGGAUGGCCGGUUAGUACCAGUAAAAUCUUUUGUCAAACUCUCUCGAGUGGCAAGCAUGCCGUUUACUUUGGCGUAAGGUACCGACAUCAGCCUUCUGGUUCACUGGCGGGUUAUCAAGACCUCACAUCCGAUGAAUCCGAGCGGAGAUCUGAAGAAGAGAAUCAAGCCUCAGCUAUCCCGCCAGAAGCUGCCCAAGCCAAUCCAUCUAACCGGCCACCCGGUGAUAAGACUCCUAAAUCUAAGCUACAACCUAGUAAUGAACCAGCAGACACCCGCCGAUUUCCGGCUCCGUCUCAGCCAGAUGCUCCAGUUCAUAAGACUACUACUAGUAUCUCACUCGCCAAGUCUACCGGCAUUCUUGCCCACAUCGAAUCUUACACGGAAAAAAGAAUCAAUAAACAUCUGGCUUUUGUGAAAUUAGUCACCAAUCGAUUCCAGCCCGCUUUCCAACCUCUUAUCCAGAAGUGGCUGGAAAAUCGCACCCAGAAACUCGGAAGCUUGUCUUUAACAUUAAGAAGAGCAGUGCUCUCGGCAUCCACUCAAAUCGAAUCCUGUGAAGUCUUAGAUCCACUUGAGGGGGAGUCUUCCGUUGCAAAAUACUCGACGACCUUGACCCAGUUGCUGCUCUUUGCGGGAAGAUGUCGCAAACAGCAUGUUGUUGGGAAUGAGAACCUAGAACAAGCUGCUCAUGCGGAACUUGUUGCUAUCUUCCUCAACACAUACCGCUCUGCACGAUCUCCGACUGAGGCUCUCUUCAAAUCGAUCGACAAACUCGUCAUCGGCUUUAUCCUGUUCUCCAAUCAAUUCCAUCGUCCCCAAGUCCAAUCUCCUCUCGAGGAGUUCAUCGCGCUUUCGUUUUACAAAGGCAGUCAUGACGGUUACGAUUCGGCCCUCAAAUUCGUCAAUACACUCACCAAGAUCCAAUAUUGUAUCCAGAUUGCCAUGGUUUUCUCUUUCUGUACCGAGGCAUCGAUCUUCGAAACAUAUCUCAAGAGCAAAUCCUUGAACCCUUCCCAAUCACAAAUGAAAGAAUCCUUGAAAAAACACCGGCUUAGAUUCUUUCGACCGUUGCACAAUAACGAUUUCAACUCUCCCUUUAUCACCCUUCGGGAUUGGAAGCAACUCGGUUUGAAUGCACUCGAGGAAGCUAGAAAAUAACCGAUAGUCCAUAAAUCCUUCUAUUCGUUUCUCUACAUGAUUCCUAUCGGUGGCUCUUGAAAAUAUCGUUGUUAUGUACCAAAAAAAAUCUGCACAGAAUUGAUCUGUGUCUCUCUAUUUAUAAGCUGUUGAUUGAUAGGUAGUGAGCCCUCCUUUUCACUGUUUAAAGUGGCAUUAGGGAAAAACCAGCUUGUCUUGUUCCUACCACAGUCUCAUGAACCAAUUCUUUUCCAUCUCCUAACGGCCAGCUAAGUAAGAAGGAAUCUAAUGAGUUUUACAAUCU